CUUCUUUCCUCUUCCUUCUUUUCCCAUCAUCUUUCUUCUUUUCCUUUCUAUCCUUAAUUUGCGGCUAUCGUCUUUGAGAAAACAUGAAGCGGCUCCCACACGUUUAGGGCUAUGCCCACUUGUAUGUAUGUUUAGUGUUUUGACGUUUUUAGUUUUCUUUCUUUCUUUCUUCUUGUUUCGUCUGUAACAGUUUGUGUGAGUUUAUCUCUCUAAUGGGGGCGGAGGAGAUAACCUCCGAUUUGAAAAUCUCGGAGUUGAAGCAGGGCGUUCUCUGCAAAGCGCACGAAGAAUUCCAUUCCCAGGCUUCUUCGAUGCUCGUCUUCAGUCUUCAAUGGAGGGACUUGGAGAACCACUUCGAGUCCAUUCGCAAGUCGCUGCGAACCCAACUCCAAGGCCUCAUUGAACGCGAGGAGCACGUCGCGAGUAGAGAGAGGCAAUUGGAGGCUCGAGAGGCGGAAUUAAGCUCGAAUCUCGAUUCGAAAGCGAAGGAAUUGGAGGGUAUCGAGAAGUUGAUCGGAGAACAGGCGAAAGCUCUCGAAUUGAGUUUGCAACAUCUUGAUUCUCUGAAAUCGCUGAUUCAGGAAAACCGGGAAGAGCUUGAGGUUAAAGAGAGGCAAUAUGUUGCGAUUCAGAAAUUGAUCAAAGAGGGAGAGGAGGAAUUGGAGUCCUUGGAGAAGAGGAUAAAGCAGCAAUCUAAGGAAGCAGAGUCCAAAGAGAAGGAACUUGAUUCGAUGCAGAGGAGUUUGAGGAGUUACAAAGACGAUAUCGAGUUGAAAGAUAGGGAAUAUAAUGCGAUUCGGAGGUCGGUUGAGGAACGUAAGAAGGGAUUCGAGUUGAAAGGGGAGCAACUCAGAAUGUGUAGGAGCUCCAUUGAUGAAUGUGAGAAAGAGAUUAAGUUGAAAGAGGAAAAUCUUAAUUCUUUACGGAAUUCCAUAGCCGAAUGCUCGAAUGAACUCAAGUUGAAACAAAAGCAACUUCAUUUAGUUGAGAAACAUCUUGAGUUAAAAGAGAGGAAAUUUGUUUCACUGAAACAAUCAGUUGACCAAUGCGCUCAACAGUUUGAGAUGAAAGAGAUGAAAAUUGAAGGUUGCUUAAAGGAGCUCGAAUUGAAGGAAAAGUUAUGUGAAUCAAAAUCGAGGGAACUCGAUUUGAUGUAUAAGAAGGUUGAGGAAUGCCUUAAAGAAUGUGAAGUGAAAGAGAAGAAUUUUAGUUCACUCCAAAAAUUGGUACAGAAACGUUCACGUGAACUUGAAGCCAAAGAGAGUCGAUUUAAGAAAACUGUCGUUGAGUUUAAAAUGAGACGGAAAGAGUUAGAGUCGUCUGAAAAAUCAAAUGAGGUGAGAGUGAAAGAAAAGACUAAUAUCCUCCCUUUUCAAGUAAAGGUUGAGCAACCUGAAUAUACUCAUGCCAACAAUGCUGCAAUUUCUCAAUCCAUCACAAAGACGGGAAAAGACUUGCAGUUCAUAUUGAAUCGGCAUUUGAAGAGGCACGAUUCCGUUUGUGGUGAACUUUUUUCUGUUCUUCAAGCGUCGCCAGAUCCUGCGAAGUUGGUGUUGGAUGCGAUGGAGGGGUUUUAUCCUUCGCAGUCGAGAGGGCAAAACAGCAAGUUCGAUGUGAAUAUUGUUAGGAGAAGCUGCAUUCUUUUGUUGGAGCAGCUAAUUGGAUGCUCGGCUCAGAUUAAACCUCAGGUGAGAGAAGAAGCGGUGAAGUUGGCGAGUGAUUGGAAGGCUAAGAUGAAGAAGGAGAAUUACUUGGAGGCUGUGGGUUUUAUGCAGUUCUUAACUAGCUAUAGAUUGGCAUCUACAUUUGAUGCGAAUGAGCUUCGCAGUCUUCUUGAUAUUGUUGGGCAAAGACAAGGAUCGGAACUACGUCAAACCCUUUCAACCGCAGAUAAAGCACCUGUUACUAUUAAAAUCGAGCAAGCAGAAAAUUCAUCUGCCGGUGCUGUGACAAGCUCUCCAAAUCUUCAGUUGAGCACCACGCAGAAUGACAUUUUUGCUCAACUUCAAACGUUACCUGAUCUGGCGAAAUUUGUCUUGGACCAUAUCCAAUGGUGUUUGUCUCAACAUUGGAAGAGAGGAGAUGCAGCUUUUGAGGAAAAUUCCAUGAGAUAUUGCAUUUUUCUGUUUGAGAAGCUGUGGAGAAUCUUUCCAAGAAUCCAACCUUCGGUGAAAGAAGAUGCUAUGAAACUAGCAGGAGAGUGGAAAGACAAAAUGAGAGAAAAAACCGAAAAUCAUUGGGAGGCUUUGGGUUUUCUGCAGUUUCUGGCCGCAUAUAGAUUGGUUUCUUCAUUUGGUGACGAUGAAAUUUUGAAGUUUUUGGAGACAAUUUCCCAGCAUAAAGAAGCUCUGAAAUCAUGCCUUUCCCUUAGUUUUGCCAGCCAGAUCUCUGAAUUUGUUCGGAAUCUUAUUCGAAGGAAGAAGCUCACUGAUGCUGUUGGACUUAUUUGCAAAUUCAAUUUAACCCAUAGGUUCUCGCCACUACCAUUAUUGACCAAUUACAUGGAGGACCUGAAGGAGUAUACCAAAGUAAAUUGCAAGGGAAAGAAACCUAUUGAAGAAAAGGAUAAGAUAACGGAUGAUGAGAUUGCGGCACUAUCAGCAGUGAUUAAAUGCAUUAAAGAUUACAAUCUUGAUUCCAAAAACUUUUUUAUCGCUAUUUUGAAUCGCCUUAGGCUGUUGGAACAGAUGAAGAGGGAUAGGAGACGUUCGGCACAUUUGACUCACUCCAAGAUUGAACAAGAACAUCAGCAGCAGGCAUGGAAGAAACGAAAAAAUAACACUGUUGCUGACCAUGGUCAACCACAACGAGGCAACAAUAAGUUCCCUCGGGCAUCUUCAUCGACUGUUGGACCCCAUGGCCCGCACAUUUUCGCCCCUGUUUUUCCACGACCACCAGAUUUUCCACCGAAUCCGCAUGCUUUUCUAUAGACUCUCUGCAGUUUGUCUUAGGUGGAACCAUGGAAGCGGGGACAUUGUUCGUCCUAAUAGGGGUGUUUUCCCUAAUGCUGGAUUGCGCUACUGAAGUAUGAAACAUCUCUAAGCUCAAGGUAUUGCCUUUUUCUCAAGUCACAAUUUAAAUUUUAGCAUGAUUUCACACUAGUCAAGAGUGCUACUUACCAGAGUAGUUGUAAAUAGUAGAUGAUAAGCCCAGUAUGUAGUAGUAGUACUAGUAGCAACUAGCUAUCUGCUGUUUAUUGUCGUUUACAGUUUCUAUGACCUUGAACAUCUUAACACAAGUGACUGUACCGCAACAGACACUAUGGCUGGAAUAUUUUGAUAGAUUAGCAACGAUAUUUAACGUUAAGUAUACUUGGGCAGCGUAAUUUUGUGUCGCUUAUAUUAAUUAUUUGUCCACUACUAAAAAUCAACAACGACAACUUACCCUUAAAAGAGUAGAAGAAGAAGAAGAAGUCAAUAUGUGUGAGCAUGAGAUCUAUACGUUAUGAUUCCUGCCACACCAC